AUGUCUCUUAGUGCCCUUCUCAAUUACUUGGCCAACGCCUUUCACUUUAUCACCUGCGGCAUCUUUCUUGAGCCGUCACCGAACCCAAAGACCAUGUCUCAAAAACCAAAACACUUUGUCACAGUAGGCGGCUCUUUCGCUUCUGUCAGAACAGCUCACAAGUUCCUCCAAGGGGUGCAUAACAAAAAUGCAGGGCCUUAUAAGGUGACAAUGAUCUCUCGCGAUUCUCACUUCUUCUGGAAUCUUGCUACGCCCCGCGCCAUCAUCCCUGGAACUAUCCCCGAUGACAGCCUCUUUCAAGCUAUUGCACCUGGGUUUGCAAAAUAUGGCGACAAGUUUGAGUUGAUUGUUGGUACGGCUAUGGGUAUUGAUAUUGGCAACAAACAGGUAAAGGUUUCUAAAGCAGGGCAGGAGACUUUUAUUAGCUAUGAUCAUCUCCUCAUUGGUACUGGAUCUUCGACCAAAGCUGAGUCCCCUUUCAAGUCCAGGGGAUCAACUGAUGCAACGAAGGACUAUCUUCAUACGUAUCAGAAGCGUGUUGGAGAAGCCCAUUCCAUUAUUGUUGCUGGUGCAGGGCCGACUGGUGUAGAGGUUGCAGGCGAGUUGGCGGACUACUAUGGCAACAAGAAGGAAAUUACCCUGUCAGCACAUAGUCAACUCGAGAAGCUUGGCGUCACGAUCAGACUCAGCACCAAAGUCAAUGAGUCCAUUACUCUCCCCAAUGGCAAGCAAAAAGUCACUUUCUCUAAUGGAAAGACGGCUGUCACAGACCUCGUCAUUCCAACAUUCGGGGUAGUUCCCAACUCAUCCUUCAUCCCUCCUGAUCUUCUUGACGCGCACGGCUAUAUCAAGGUCAAUCAAUAUCUCGCCAUCGAAGGCCGAGAGGAUAUUUUUGCAAUUGGCGACGUGUCUAAUCUCGAAGCACCGCAGUUCUGGUUCGUGAAUACGCAGGCUGGUCAUUUGGCCAAGAAUUUGGUGCAGAUAAUGCUUGGAAAACCUAUGAUUCCAUACAAGGCUUCGACAACUGCCAUGGGAGGAAUUCAGAUCGGCAAGUCUGGCGUAGGCCAUUAUGGAAAUUGGCGCAUCCCAGGUUUUAUGGUUCAUGCGAUUCGAAAGACGUUGUUUGUUGAGCAACUGCCCAAGAUGAUAGACAAUGGCAAUUGA